AUGCAAAACCGAAGUUUUGUUAGUGAAUUUGUUCUCCUAGGGAUUUCACAGAACCCUGUUGUUCAGAAAGUACUAUUUGUUUUAUUUCUAUUGGUCUACCUUACAACAGUCAGUGGCAACCUGCUGAUUGUGGUGACCAUCCUUAAUAGUCCAGCACUCGUGGGCUCCCCAAUGUACUUCUUCCUGGCCUUCCUGUCCUCCCUGGAUGUGUGUGUCUCCUCUGUCGUUGCCCCUAAGAUUAUUUUUGACCUUCUCUCUGAAAAGAAAACCAUCUCAUUUGCAGGCUGUAUGAUGCAGAUCUUUUGUCUUCAUCUUUUUGCUGGUGUGGAGGUGAUUGUCCUCACAGCCAUGGCCUUUGACAGGUAUGUGGCCAUCUGCAAGCCUCUGCAUUAUACUACAAUCAUGAACUCAAGGCUCUGUAACAUUCUGAUGGGGGUAGCUUGGGCAGGGGGCUUUCUGCAUUCCAUUAUCCAAAAUGCCUUUGCUUCCCAACUGCCUCUGUGUGGCCCCAAUGUCAUCAAUCAUUUUAUGUGUGACUUGUACCCAAUAAUGAAGCUUUCCUGUGCUAACACUUAUGAAUUUGGCCCAAUGGUGGCAGCCAGUAGUGGACUCUUUUGCAUCCUGAUCUUCUCCAUGCUGCUUGUGUCCUAUGGUGUCAUCCUGUUCUCCCUAAGAGGACACAGCAGUGAAGGGCAGAAGAAAGCACUCUCCACCUGUGGAUCCCACAUUGCUGUUGUGGUUUUAUUCUUUGGCCCAUGUAUAUUUGAAUAUGCACGGCCUCCAUUGGUUUUCAGCUUUGACAAAAUUGUGGAGAUACUCUACACCAUGCUGACUCCUCUGCUGAACCCUGUAAUUUAUACUUUCAGAAAUAAGGAAGUAAAGAAUGCCAUAAGCAAAUUCUGGCAAACCUCGAUGGCAAAACUUUGUAAAAAGUAG